CCCGCUGCCUCCCACUCUGCUGCCGCGUUGAUCCUGUCCUCCUUCACCGGCACGUCUUUCGUCACGCUUGCCGAUACCGCCCAGGCGAGCGAGACCCAGCGCCUGCCUUCCAUCCCUGCUCCGCUGCCGCGACGGCGAGCGGUAUCUGCCUCCCUGGCUUUCCUCGUGUCGUUGACGCCAAUCUGGCAAGCAGCCACACCUCCCCACCUCCCUCCAUGGUACCGUCGCGUGUCAGGCGAGCGAUAA